UCCAGUCUUCUGUCUGAUAUACCUCUUCAUCCCCUGCAUCGAUCAUCCGACCUUCGUUCAGUCCUCCAACAACCACACAACAUGCGCUUCUCAAUAAUAUCGACCGCAGCUCUUCUAAUAACAAUUACAUCCGCAGCACCUCUCAGCAAGCGCGACUUCUCCCCAUUCCCACUGGUAAACGGCUUCCCGAACCCCUCACAAGACGCCAUCCUCCAAAUCCAAAAAGACGGCCACGGCACUCUACCCAACGGGCCCCCACCACCCACCCUCAGUCUCGAUGGCACCACAAACCUCAAGCUAAUCGCGCUCAACGAACUCUUCGAAGUAGCCUUCUUCACGGAAUUAAUGACCAAUGUAACCUCCAAACUGCCCGGCUACGACCUCGGCGACCGCCAAGGCUACAUCGUCGAAUCGCUCAAAGCCAUUGUGAAUCAAGAAGAAAUGCACGUCCUCAACGCCAACGACGCUCUAAAACACUUCAACCAAGCCCCCAUUGAAGGCUGCAAAUACAACUUCCCGGUAACCGACUAUGAAGGCGCCAUUGCACUCGCUGCAACGUUUACAGACCUUGUCCUCGGCACGCUUCAAGAAGUCUCCGAGCUCUUCGCUCGCUCCCAGGACUUCGGUCUGGUACAUGCGGUGGCGUCUGUGAUAGGAAAUGAAGGCGAACAAGAAGGUUUCUUCCGCGCAGAGCAAAAGAAGAGGCCAAGCGCACAGCCUUUCCUGACAACCGCAUCGCGUGAUUUCGCAUUCACUGCUAUCCAAGACUUUGUCGUGGAGGGCAGUUGUCCGAAUAUCAACACCAUUCCGCUCAAGCGAUUCAAGCCUUUGACAGUCGAAACAAAGGAUAUCAAGGCCGAGACGCAGAAUAUGAAGUUUUCGUUCUCAAUGAAGGAUGCGGGUAUGUUUGAGAUUGAUAUGCUCAAGUUGGUUUGGAUCAAUGGGCAGAAUGUACCCGUUGCGAAGGCGCUGCAGAAUGUGAAGAUGAUGGAUGAUAGGGUUAUGUUCGAGGCGGAGUUUCCGUUUGAUGAGUUUGUUAUGGAGGGUUUGACGCUUGCGGCGGUGACAAUGGGUGCGGAUUCUUUUGCCGGGGCGGGGGAGGUUGCCGAGAAGACGGUGUUUGGGCCGGGGAUCAUUGAGCUGGAUUGAGUGGGGGACGAGGUGUUUGGUGUGCAUAGCGAUGGUGUCGGUCUUACGCCGAGGAUAAUGUUGCUGGUGUGUAGAUAAUUGUAAUGUCUUG